CUCGCGCGGGGGAAGCGGGGCCGGGGCCGGGGCCGUGGCCGGGCCGGGCGAGGGCGGACGGAGCCGCCAGCGAUCUCGGCUGUAGCCGGCGGCGCUGCUCGGAACGCGGGGCGCGCCCUGACCCUUCCUCUUCGGGCAGGCUCGAGGGCGCGCGCGCGCGCGGUCGGCGUCCCGGGGCCUCGAACUCCAGGGCCUCUCCUGGGCAGGCCGCGGAUCGCCCACCCUGCCCCGCGAGUGAGUCUGUCCGGGGACCCGGCCGCCGCCAAGCGCGGGCGCCACUGGAGCGGCGGCGCCCGGAGACGCGCCCCGGGCUCAAAGGACAGCCCUGCGCGGACGCCUCGUUCUCUGCAGCCCAGCGGCGGAUGUUCUUUUAAAGAAUUAUUGAAGACGGAGUUUUUUUUCUAUUUUUAUUUUUUGUUUGUUUUUUAAUGGCUUUACAGAAUUUUAAAUUGAAUACAAUUUGACAUGACGGCAAAAAAUGUUGGUUUGGCUUCUACAAAUGCAGAACUAAGAGGAUUUAUAGAUCAGAAUCUCAGUCCAACCAAAGGUAACGUUUCAUUUGUGGCAUUUCCAGUUUCCAGCACCAACUCACCAACAAAGAUUUUACCAAAAACCUUAGGACCAAUAAAUGUGAAUGUUGGACCCCAAAUGAUUAUAAGCACACCACAGAGACUAGCCAGUUCAGGAAGUGUUCUGAUUGGGAGUCCAUAUACCCCUGCACCAGCAAUGGUUACUCAGACACACAUCGCAGAAGCUACUGGCUGGGUCCCUGGUGAUAGAAAACGGGCUAGAGAAUUCAUAGACUCUGAUUUUUCAGAAAGCAAGCGAAGCAAAAAAGGAGAUAAAAAUGGAAAAGGCUUGAGGCAUUUUUCAAUGAAAGUGUGUGAGAAAGUUCAGCGGAAAGGUACAACGUCAUAUAAUGAAGUCGCUGAUGAGCUGGUGUCCGAGUUCACCAAUUCAAAUAACCAUCUGGCAGCUGAUUCGCAGGCUUAUGACCAGAAGAACAUUAGGCGAAGAGUUUAUGAUGCUUUAAAUGUGCUAAUGGCAAUGAACAUAAUUUCAAAGGAAAAAAAAGAAAUCAAGUGGAUCGGCUUGCCUACCAAUUCUGCUCAGGAAUGUCAAAACCUGGAGAUAGAGAAGCAGAGGCGGAUAGAACGGAUAAAGCAGAAGCGGGCCCAGCUUCAAGAACUUCUCCUGCAGCAAAUCGCUUUCAAAAACCUGGUGCAGAGAAAUCGGCAAAAUGAACAGCAGAACCAGGGCCCUCCAGCUCUGAACUCCACCAUUCAGCUGCCAUUUAUAAUCAUCAAUACAAGCAGAAAAACCGUCAUAGAUUGCAGCAUCUCCAGUGACAAGUUUGAAUAUCUUUUUAAUUUUGACAACACCUUUGAGAUUCAUGAUGACAUAGAAGUGCUGAAGCGGAUGGGAAUGUCCUUUGGCCUAGAGUCAGGCAAGUGUUCCCUGGAGGAUCUGAAACUUGCUAAAUCACUGGUGCCAAAGGCUUUAGAAGGUUAUAUCACAGAUAUCUCCACAGGACCGUCUUGGUUAAAUCAGGGACUGCUUUUGAACUCUGCCCAGUCAGUUUCAAAUUUAGACCUGACCACUGGUGCCACCUUGUCCCAAUCAAGUGUAAACCAAGGGUUGUGCUUGGAUGCUGAAGUGGCCUUAGCAACGGGGCAGUUCCCUGCCCCAAACAGUCACCAGUCCAGCAGUGCGGCCUCUCACUGCUCUGAGUCCCGAGGCGAGACCCCCUGUUCGUUCAACGACGAAGACGAGGACGAGGACGAGGAGGAUUCCUCCUCCCCAGAAUAAAGACAGGCGCAAACCCGCGUUUUACUGUUUGAUGCUCA